AAGGACAGUGAGUUACACGUGAGUGAAAACUCUGGACGUGGAAAACAUUUUAAUUCUGUAUUUGUCAUUCCGUGUGAAGAAAGAACAAUUUAUUUGUUUGUAACUCAUCUUCUUACAAUGCAGCACGACGAGGUAAUUUGGAGUAUUAUCAAUACAACAUUUUGCUCCUACAAAGUCAAUGCAAAGACACAUCAAUUCUGUCGCAAUGAAUACAACUUGACAGGUCUCUGCAAUAGAUCGUCCUGCCCGCUAGCCAACAGCCAGUAUGCAACGAUCAGAGAAGAAAAAGGUGUGUGCUAUCUGUACAUGAAGGUCAUUGAAAGAGCAGCCUUCCCCGACAGGAUGUGGGAGAAGGUGAAACUUUCCAGGAAUUAUGAGAAAGCGCUCCAACAGAUCAACUCUCAACUUAUCUACUGGCCGGGCUUCAUCCAACACAAAUGUAAACAGCGCUUCACUAAGAUCACUCAGUAUCUUAUUCGUAUGAGGAAACUCACCCUGAAGAGACAGAAGAAACUAGUCCCUCUAAAUAGGAAAGUAGAACGCCGUGAGAAGCGAAGGGAAGACAAGGCUUUGAUAGCAGCAAGACUUGAUAACGCCAUCGAGAAGGAACUUCUGGAACGACUGAAGAAAGGAACUUAUGGUGACAUCUACAACUUCCCCGUGACUGCUUUUGACAGAGCUUUAGAAGAAGAAGAUGGAGAGAAAGAGGACGAUGAAGAAAGAGAAGACGAAGAAGAGGAAGAGGAGGAGGGAGAGGACGAGAUUGAAUAUGUGGCAGAUGAAGAUUUUGAAGAGAGUGAUCUGAGUGACUUUGAGGAUAUGGACAGACUUGGGGCAGAGGGAGGUGACAGCGAUGACGACAGCUCCUCCUCUGAUGAUGAUGAUGCAACUACAAAGAAGGCACUCCGAAGAAAGAGAGGCCACGUCGAGAUUGAAUAUGAGCAGGAGACAGACCAACCAUCAACGUCAAAACAGAAAGUCACGACGGGCUAAAAGUGGAUUUUCAAAUGUCCUCCUUAUUAUUGUUAAACAACUGAAGGGACACGUUACCUUGGAUUGUGCGAUUUUGGGCUACGUUUGAAAGGCAACAUGUCCCUUUAAACAACAAAAUCAAAAAACUAUUGAUGGAAUAGAGAAUUGCAAAGAAUUGAAAUCUAGAAAUUGUUU